AUGAGUGUCGAGAUAGUGAAAUUAGCGGACGCUCAACUAAAUCUUUUCGGGAAAAUCGCUCGAACGGGCGACAAUCUCCGUAAGAUUGGAACAGCCAAAACCACGCGAGGGGUCGUCGAGGCUUGCCUGCAGGGUCUGGAAAAGAAGUGGAGUAAGUUCGACCAACAAGACGAUGAGCUAUUUCCUCACCGAGAUGCGCUUCUAGACCAUGAAUAUUACAAGCAAGAUUUACCUUUUUUGGCUGAAGAAGCAUACCUCCAGCAAAAGGGCGCUCUCCUGGAGCUCCUCCAGGGCCUUGACAAAAGGGAAACGACAGCUGCUGCAGGAGUCGAUUCAGCGCCACCUCAUCUCCCUCGCACUACGCCUCGGAUACAGUUGCCGCACUUCUCGGGGAAGUACGAAGAUUGGCCAGCCUUCAGAGAUCUCUUCAUCUCCAUAAUUGAGAGGAAUGCCUCUAUAACGCAAGUAGAAAAACUACAUUAUUUAAAAACCUGCUUAAAGGGCGAAGCUGAAUUAUUGAUUCGCGAUCUAUCGACAACGUCCGAGAAUUUCACAAGAGCAUGGGACGCGCUAAGUGCUUACUAUGUAAAUAAGAGACUGCUCGUGCGCGCCUACUUCGCGAGAGUUUUCGCGCUCCCAAAACUUAAGAAUGAAUCGGCGACGGAAUUGCGCAAAGUCUUCCACGGCGUGAAGUCGGUGGUCAGCUCGCUCGAAAGCAUAAAUCGGCCAAUCUCAAGCUGCGAAGAUUUAUUCGUUUAUCUCGCGGUCGAGUUGCUCGACACUCGCUCACGUCGAGAGUGGGAAAACUCUAUUAGCGAUUCGGUAGAACCUCCUUCGUAUAAAGUACUCGAACAAUUUUUCGAGAGACGGUUGCACACCCUCGAGUCGAUGGCACCGGUGAAUAUGGCUGAUCGUACUUCCUCUAAGUCAGAACUGAGGACGACGCGGAGUCACCACGCGCGAAAACAGGAGGCAAAGUCGGAGGGAUCGCGAGGACGGUGUUCACUCUGUCAGAAAGACAACUUCAUAAUGCUAUGUGACUCCUACAAGAAAAAAACUGUGUCCGAUCGAAGGCAUCACGUUGAGACCAAUAACUUAUGCCUCAACUGCCUCGGGCGCCACAAGGUUGACGACUGCAACUCUAAAAAAAACUGUACCGCAUGUGGCAAUCGACACCACACUUCCAUGCAUGACGCCUUCAGGGAAGCCGAGAUCACUACAAGCACGAACGUUGCCCUACGAAAUGCUGGAACUCACUCCACCGUUCUUCUAGCAACGGCGCGCAUACGAGUAGCCGAUCGUAACGGUAAUUGGCAUCCCGCGCGCGCUCUACUCGAUCAAGGCUCCGAGUCGUCGAUCAUUUCCCAUCGUUUUGCGAGAAAAUUCUACCGCACUCUCCGGUAA